UAUCACAUUAUUAUUUUCCUCACCCAAUUUCCUCCAUAUAAUAUUUAAUCCCAUCUUCCUCACUAUAAUAACCCUGAGAGAGCUAUAGCUCAGCAACCAAGAAGAUCACACAUAUCAGAUCCAGAAGAGGUUUUUUUAUUUUUUUCAUGUGUCCAUCAUCAAAAUCCCACUGAUCAGUCAAUCCCAUCAGUCAAAUCAAAUCAAACACCCACAAAGAGAGAGAAAGAGAAUAAGCGUUAGAGAGAGAGAGAGAGAGAGAGAGAGAAAGACAGUGAAGCGAGAAAAGAGGGGUAGAAAAUAGAAGUCAAUCAGCAGAUCCAAAAAAGAAAGAAAUAAGAAAAAUGUCCGCCUCGUCCGCUGCCUUUUCACCGGACCACCUUUCUCCCUCCGACCAGCUCUGCUACGUCCAUUGCAACUUCUGCGACACUGUCCUCGCGGUUAGUGUUCCUUCAGGUAGUUUGUUCAAGACCGUCACGGUUCGAUGCGGUCAUUGCACGAAUCUUCUCUCCGUGAACAUGCGAGGCUUGCUUCUUCCUUCUGCGUCUAACCAGCUUCAUCAGUACUUCGGACAUUCUUUAUUCUCUCCGCAACAAUAUCUUCUGGAGGAUAUGAUGAUGCGAAGCCCGCCGGCGUCGAAUGCGAUGGUGAAUCAUCAGCCAAACCCUAAUCAUGAUUUGGUCAUUCCAAGCCGUAGAAGAGCAGCUGAGCAGGAGAUCCCUAAGCCUCCUGUUGUUAAUAGACCUCCGGAGAAGAGACAGAGAGUACCAUCUGCUUACAAUCGCUUCAUCAAGGACGAGAUCCAACGUAUCAAAGCUGGAAAUCCUGAUAUAAGCCACAGAGAGGCCUUUAGUGCUGCUGCAAAGAAUUGGGCCCAUUUUCCUCACAUCCACCUCGGACUAAUGCCUGAUCAACCCGUGAAGAAAGCUAAUCUACGCCAACCGGAAGCAGACAACAUGCUUAUGAAAGAUGGAUUUUUCAGCACUACUCCUGCUGCCAAUGUGGGCGUCUCUCCCUACUAAUAGCUAAAGGGUU